UCAUCAUCAUCUUCUGCCUACAACUUUUCGAAAUCCCCAACGUGCUCGAACGUUGGUCCAACCAAUCAAUCACUUUCUCUCGGGUCUCAAAUUCAAAAUUUCAAAGCCAUGUCAUGGUUGGCUCGUUCUAUCGCCAACUCUCUCCGACUCGACGACGACAUCGACGGCAAUGCGCAAAACCUUAACCACUCGGAAUCAUUUCACGAAAAUGACGAAGGUCAAACGCAAGAAUACAGCGAGGACGAGGAAGAAGAAGAUCAACUAGACAAUUAUGGACGUGGUGUGAAGGAUGACUUGUCGGAAUUUAAAGAAACCCUUACUCGUCAAUUAUGGGGCGUCGCUUCAUUUCUUGCUCCUCCUCCUCCGCCACCGCCACCACCACCGCCACCUCCUCUUUCUCAUUCUAAGACGGAUCGGUUAAUCUCAGAUCAAAAUCGGUGGGAUCAGUGGGAAUCUGCUGACCAGUCGGGUUCUGGUGCUGUUUCUGACGAAGAUUCGUUAGGAUUUGUUGGGGAUUCGCGAAAUAUUUCCGAUUUUGGGGGAAGAGUUGGGAGUGGCAUACCGAAUUUUUUGAAUUUUCGGCCGAUUGGAUCAGAAGAUCAAAUUGUAGACGCUGUCGGAAUUACUGAGGAGGUGUUGGCGUUUGCAAGGAAUAUUGCGCAUCAUCCAGAGACUUGGUUGGAUUUUCCGUUAUCAGAGGAAGAAGACAUUAACGAUUUUGAUAUGUCUGAUGCCCAACAAAAGCAUGCAAUGACAGUAGAAUGCCUAGCGCCUAGAUUAGCUGCUCUCAGAAGAGAAUUUUGUCCUGCCCACAUGAGCGAGGGUUACUUUUGGAAGGUCUAUUUUGUUCUUUUGCACUCGAGGCUCAAUAAACAUGACGCUGAACUUUUAUCUACACCCCAGACAGUGGCAGCAAGAGCUAUGUGGAUGAAGGAGCUGCAAAAGCGGACCAAGCCAGAACCAGAUUGGUUUGGCAGAAGCACAUUCUAUUCUAAAGAGGAUGCCAAUUCACUCCAAGAGGAUUUGGAUGUUGAGGCUUCUUCUGGGAAUGUGCCACUUGGGAAUUUUUCUUUUGAACCUACUACUUACUCUGCAGCAACAGAAUUUGAGACUGAGAAACAUCCCAUUGAAAGUUCUGAGAUCCAGAUGAUUGACAAGUCUGUUAUUGAAGAAGAGUCUAUGAUGAAGGUCCUGGAUAAGGAAGUUGUGGCUGGUCCAUCUCAUAAAGCACUUGACCAAGAUUAUGAUGAUGACGAGGAUGACUGGCUAGAGGAAAAUUAUGAACUAGAGGGAUACAGAUGCACUGCUUUUAUGGGGAAUGAAGAAGAUGUGUCAUUCAGUGAUCUUGAGGAUGAUGACGAUUGUACUAUGCCUAUAAAAUCCAAAAUAGUCUCAAAAGGUUUGGAUACGCCGACCAAAACUUCAUGAAUUUAGCUUCAGCUAAGCAGAAGCUUCUAGUCUGUUCAAGGGUCGCACUGCAUCAACGCCAGAGGAGAACACGGGGACUAAGAACUGAAACACUCACUAAGCGUGGUUUCUGGGUGGUUCAAGCAUUCAAUGAUGAUUUUUGAGCUUUCUUGCAUGAUGAAUGGGGAAGUCAAAAAGAGUUUCCGCUGAACGAGGUCGUUUUAAUUGACCUUCCAGGGAUUUAGGUGACCACAAUGCUCAGGUGCGCCCUUCAUGACUAUCAACCAUUUCAACUGACCAUUAUUGUCAAGGGUGUGGAAGUUUCUUACAAGCAUGGUGUACAUUGUUGAAGAUUGAUAAUGCACUGUUACAAUUUUUUUAUUGAUGUUCAUAUGUACUGGCAAUUAAAAAGCUGUCUAAGAUGGAUUUUUUGGGUGUUGCGGGUGGAGGGUGGGGAGCUAAUGACCGAAGGUCGAGCUUGAGACUAUUA